AUGGUACUCGCCGAUGAUCAGACAUUACAUAGUAUAGAUUCAGUGAAGCCCUAUCCUGUUGAUCAUUCGUAUCAGAAUUUACUUAAUCAAACCGAUGACCAGGAUCCAUCUACUUGGAAUAUCGUCAAGGCGACACAAUUCGGAGCCUUAAGGCGGGUUGUAACCCUUGUAGAAACUGGCGACCCUGAAUUAUCUCUGGGGCCAUAUGACGUAAACCAGCUGGACAAGGAGGAUGUUUCUUUGCUUCAUUGGGCUGCAAUAAAUAACCGCUUGUCAAUCAUGCUUUUCUUUCUUGGAAAAGGUGCUCAGAUUGACAGACGGGGGGGUAAUUUGGCGGCUACACCCCUUCAUUGGGCUAUUCGGCAGUCUCAUGUGCAUGCGGUCGCGUUGCUACUAAAGCAUGGAGCCGAUCCAAAUAUACGUGACAAUACGGGUUUAUCGUGCAUACAUGCAGCUAUUCAAACCUCUUGUACGCCAGUAAUCGCCUACCUUCUUGCCCGUGGAGUUGACAUUGACUGCCGUGAUGAGCAAGGUGUGACUCCAUUAAUGCUUGCGUGCAUGCAUUGUAAAGGUACAGACCCCUUGCGUCUGCUUCUGGCAUGGGGUGCAGAUGUCACACUGUCUGAUUCACGCGGGAACUCUGUCGCUCAUUAUGCUGUUAAGUUCAUUAAUCCAACUGCAAUAGUUCAACUUGACCGUGCUGGUGUUGAUUGGACCUCAAUUAAUAAAAUCGGGCAAACUGCGUAUGAAGUACGUCAAGUCCCUUGGCUGAAUGAUAAAAUACGUCAAAUGGCUUACAAAAGAGGGCAAUCCAAACAUCCUCGAUCGAAUUUGACAUUCUCUAUUGCUUAA